UACUCACACAUUUAACAUAGCUAAACAAACAAACCCCCUCUCUUUUUUAUUUUAUUUUAUUUUUGCAUUUCCUCCAUUUUUCCAUUUUCUCUCUCCUCUUUUCUCCACUCGGAGACACACUAUUCGUGCAUCCUCUCUUCCUCCAUCUUUUCCCCCUAAGUUUCUGCUCUCAAGAGAGAGAAAGUUGUUUCAGUUUUAGUUUCAGUUGCAGGUGGUUUCGUUUCGUUUUUGUUGCAGAGAGAAAACUAGGAGAGAGAAAAAACGACCUACUUCAUCAACCGUGUUCGUCGCAGAAAUCGAGUAAAAAAGUUGAAAUUAUUCGGUGUUUUCGUGUGUAUGAAUUCAUCCGAAAGUAAGAUUGAAGAGAAAUUCAUGUCUGAGUAUGAAUUUAUUUUGAAGAUUUUUGUCGGUUUUUCACUGAUUUGUUGAAGAUAAGCUUUGGAUUUUUUCUUCGAGGUUUUGGUAGGGUUUGGUGAUAUUUUGAGCUCAGAAAGAGGUAUUAGAUGAGAGAUCUGUGUUGAAAACUAUCAUUUUCUCACACAAAUAAUUUCAAUUAAAAAUAAAUUUUAAAAAAUAAAUAAAAAAAAUCACCGAAAAAUGAGUUCAUCGGAAAUAUCGAUUAAAGCGACAGAUGAAGGAGGAGCAAUUAAAGCAGGGCAACAACAUCACCGUCAUCAUCAAGUUCCCGGCGCCGGAAAAGUGGAUCCGGAAACAGCGCUGUAUACGGAGUUGUGGCAUGCUUGUGCUGGUCCUUUGGUGACAGUGCCUCGUCUAAACGAGCUUGUUUAUUACUUUCCUCAAGGACAUAUCGAACAGGUUGAAGCCUCCACUAAUCAAGUAGCUGAUCAGCAAAUGCCUGUUUAUAAUCUUCCAUGGAAGAUCCUGUGCCGUGUUAUCGACGUGCAAUUGAAGGCUGAAGCGGAUACAGAUGAGGUUUAUGCCCAAGUGAUGUUACUUCCCCAACGAGAAGAGAAUUCUUUAGAGAAGGAACCUCAGCCGCCUCCGCAACCGCAUUUCCAUGUGCAUUCAUUUUGUAAGACAUUGACUGCUUCUGAUACGAGUACUCAUGGUGGGUUCUCGGUGCUCAGACGACAUGCUGAUGAAUGUCUUCCACCGUUGGAUAUGUCUCGACAACCACCUACACAAGAGUUGGUGGCCAAGGAUCUCCAUGGAAAUGAGUGGCGUUUCAGGCAUAUCUUUCGGGGUCAACCAAGGAGGCAUCUGCUUCAAAGUGGUUGGAGCGUGUUUGUUAGCUCAAAAAGACUUGUAGCUGGUGAUGCAUUUAUUUUUCUCAGAGGUGAGAAUGGUGAACUUCGUGUUGGAGUGAGACGUGCCAUGAGGCAGCAGGGCAUUGUGCCUUCAUCAGUCAUAUCAAGUCAUAGUAUGCAUCUCGGCGUUCUGGCAACAGCAUUGCACGCAAUCAGCUCUGGGACUAUGUUUACUGUUUACUACAAACCUAGGACCAGUCCUGCUCAGUUCAUUGUUCCAUAUGAUCAGUACAUGGAGUCUGUGAAGAAUCAGUACUCCAUUGGGAUGCGUUUUAAGAUGAGAUUUGAAGGGGAAGAGGCUCCAGAGCAAAGAUUUACAGGCACUAUUGUUGGCAUUGAAGAUGCAAAUCCCAAUCGGUGGCAAGACUCCAAAUGGAGGUGUCUGAAGGUCCGCUGGGAUGAAACUUCCACUAUACCUCGUCCAGACAGGGUUUCACCCUGGCAAAUUGAACCUGCUCUGACUCCUCCCACCAUAAAUCCCCUUCCAGUGACUAGAGCAAAACGGCCUCGUGCAAAUGUUAUGACUCAAUCUUCAGAGUCCUCUGUUCUUACAAGAGAAGGUUUCUCUAAAGUGGCAGCAGAUGCUUCACCAGUAGGUGGGUUUUCAAGAGUCUUGCAAGGUCAAGAAUAUUCGACCUUGAGACCCAGCCUUGCAGACAGCAAUGAGUCUGAAACUGUCGAAAAACCCCAUGUGUGGCCCAAUUCCGUUGAUGAGGAAAAGUUUGAGAAUGCCAAUGCUUCAAGGAAAUAUGUACCAGAAAAUUGGAUAUCAGCAACAAGGCCUGAACCAACCUAUGCUGAUCUGCUGUCAAGUUUCGGUGUCCAUAAUGAAACAGCCUCUGGAUUCCACUCACCUUAUCAAACUGCUGCUUCUUCACCUAUGAAAAAGCAUAUACUGGAUCAAGAUGGCAGAUUUAGCAUGCUUGGAAGUUCCUGGUCCAUAAUGCCUACCAGUCUUUCGCUAAAUAUGUCAGAAUCUACUAUGAAAAUUCAUCCACAAAGUGGCAAUGUUUCAAAUCAAGCUCCAGGAAAUACGAGAUAUGGAGGCUUUAAUGAAAUGUCAGUGCUCCGUGGUCAUAGAAUUGAUCAUCACAAUGGGAGCUGGCGGAUGCCUCCACCAGGCCAAUCCUGCUUUGAAUCCAGAGAGAUUGCAACGCGGCCUUCACAAAUUGAGCAGGAGCCUAUCAAAUCAAAGGAUGGGAACUAUAAAUUAUUUGGCAUGUCCCUCAUUAGCAGUCCCACAAAUCAGGAGCCUUCUACCUUCAGCAGAAGGAAUGUUGAUGAGCCUGCAACUAAUUUGCCUCCCAUGCUGCAUCAUCAUAACAGUGAACCUGAUAGAAGUUUAGAACAGUCCAAGGGUUCCAAACAGAUGGAUAAUUUGCCUGCUUGCAGUGAGCAGGAUAAGAAAAUGCCAUGUUCCCAAUCACUUUCUCGAGACGCUCAAGCGAAAGUACAAGGUGGUUCCUCCAGGAGCUGUACUAAGGUGCAAAAGCAAGGAAUUGCCCUCGGUAGGUCUGUGGACCUCUCAAAGUUUAGUGAUUAUGAUCAGUUGGUUGAAGAAUUGGAUCACUUGUUCGAUUUCAAUGGUGAACUCAAGAUCCCUGAGAAGAAUUGGCUGAUUGUCUACACUGACGAUGAGGGUGAUAUGAUGCUGGUUGGAGAUGACCCGUGGCAGGAAUUCUGUUCCAUGGUGCGCAAAAUUUUUAUCUACACGAAGGAGGAAGUCCAGAAGAUGACUCCCAGGACAUUGAACGCCAGGAUUGAAGAGAAUACGCCAGCUGCUGGAGGCUCGGAUUCUAAAGAAGCGAAACAAUCACUACCUUCAUCAGCAUCUAAUGCUGAAAGCCAUUAGUAGAUGACCUUGAUGGUUCUACGUUUUCUGAGCUGGCAUCUAUAUAGGAGUAUGUGCAUUCCUUAUGGUUGUGUCGGGAUCGCUCUAGGUAUGGCAUUGAGGCCGUCUUGAAGAUGGAACCUUUCGUAUAGUCCGUCUAUAUUGCUCCCAUUUUUGGACGUAUUCUGGAGUCUUUUUGGUGUCGAGCCAUAUACAUAAUAUAAAUGUAUACCUUAAUUGCAAAGAGGCAUUAUUAGCCUUCCAGCCUCGAAUCAAUCUUGUAAAUAGCCUUUUUAUCCCUGACCAGCCUGUCGAUGUGAUGUAAGUAAGUGUUGCGUAUCUAAUGAUUUUAGCCACGUUAUUCCAUUCUAGCACAUUCCUCGAAGCUUCAAUCUGCUGAUAUUUCACUUGUUGAUGCUUAAGUGUAUGAAUGUAACAUUGAGCUUUGAAAUUGGACGUGAACUCUGUUAUUUAA